AUGGCGGUGCGAGCCCAGUUUGAGAACUCCAACGAAGUUGGUGUCUUCGCGACGCUCACAAAUUCCUACGCCCUCACGGCCAUCGGCGCCAGCGAGAACUUUUACAGCGUUUUCGAGGCGGAACUGCAAGACGUCAUUCCCAUCUGUCGCACAACCAUUGCCGGCUCGAGGAUCAUCGGGCGCAUGACCGCGGGAAACCGCAAGGGCCUCCUCGUGCCUACCAACACGACCGACCAAGAACUGCAGCACCUGCGCAACAGCCUCCCGGACGCGAUCCGGAUACAGCGGAUAGAAGAGCGCCUGUCAGCCCUCGGCAACGUCAUCGUGACCAACGACCACAUCGCCCUCGUGCACCCAGACAUUGAGCGCGAGACGGAGGAGAUCAUCGCCGACGUGCUCGGCGUCGAGGUCUUCCGACAGACCAUCGCCGACAAUGUGCUCGUCGGCUCGUACAUGUCGCUCUCGAACCAGGGCGGCCUCGUGCACCCCCAAGACGUCGAUACAGGACCAGGACGAGCUCAGCAGCCUGCUCCAGGUGCCACUCGUCGCGGGCAGUGUGAACCGCGGAAGCAACGUCGUCGGCGCCGGCAUGGUGGUCAACGACUGGAUGGCGGUGACGGGUCUCGACACGACGGCGACGGAGCUCAGCGUCAUUGA